AUAGCGUGGUGUUCUCGAACGAAGAGGUAGACGUAGUUACCGUGUUUGUACCCAAGGUGUAGUAAGCGAGCUAACGUGGAUAAGCAGACAGGGCGAACUUUACUAAGACGGGCACAUUGUACCAGAGGUAGAAUAUGCCUCGAUAUGCGCAGUUAGUUAUGGGUCCAGCUGGAAGUGGCAAGAGUACCUACUGCUCCACCAUGGUUCAACAUGCAGAGUCCUUAAACCGCUCAGUUCAGGUGGUCAACCUGGACCCAGCUGCUGAGUAUUUUAGUUACCCCGUGAUGGCAGACAUCCGUGAACUCAUCCAGGUGGAUGACGUGAUGGAGGAUGACUCUCUGAGGUUUGGCCCAAACGGAGGCCUGGUCUUCUGCAUGGAGUACUUUGCCAACAACUUCGACUGGCUGGCGGAGAGCCUGGGCCACGUAGAAGAUGACUACGUAUUGUUCGAUUGUCCAGGUCAGAUUGAACUUUACACACACCUCCCUGUGAUGAGGCAGCUGGUGGAGCAGCUCCAGCAGUGGGAGUUUCGGGUUUGCGGGGUCUUUUUAGUAGACUCCCAGUUUAUGGUCGAAUCUUUUAAGUUCAUCUCCGGGGUUAUGGCUGCACUGAGUGCCAUGGUGUCAUUAGAAAUUCCUCAAGUAAACAUCAUGACCAAAAUGGAUCUGCUUGGGCCAAAAGCCAAGAAGGAAAUUGAAAAGUACUUGGACCCAGACAUGUACUCCAUGAUGGAAGAUAACUCUGGGACUUUCAGAAGCAAAAAGUUCAAGAAGCUAACCAAAGCAAUUUGUGGUUUGAUAGAUGACUACAGCAUGGUAAGAUUCCUGCCUUUUGACCGCACAGAUGAGGAGGGAAUUAAUAUAGUCCUGCAGCACAUCGACUUCUCCAUACAGUAUGGAGAAGACCUGGAGGUUAAGGAACCUAAGGAGGUUGAUGAAGAGCAGUCCAACCUAAAUUAUGAUGAAAUAUUUCAAGACAAAGUCAGCAGCUGAGGAUUAAUAGGACCGUGGAGUGGUGAAGUGUUUUGUGCACGCAGGCCAUGUUGGAUAUAAUUGUAUGAAUAUUUGUUGAAAAACUGACUGGACUUGUAUAAAAGAUUUCUUUUUCCUUUUUAUAUAACUUAUACAAUUUA